AUGGAGAAUACCCAGCAAGGUCAAUCCUCCUCAUACCCACAACCCCAACCUCCUUCCUCUGCUGCUGCUGCUGCUGGCGCGCCUUUUCACCAUCUCCUUCAACAGCAGCAUCAGCAGCUCCAAAUGUUUUGGUCUUACCAGCGUCAAGAAAUCGAACAAGUCAACGAUUUCAAGAACCACCAGCUCCCUCUUGCUCGCAUCAAGAAAAUCAUGAAAGCCGAUGAGGACGUUCGCAUGAUCUCCGCUGAAGCCCCUAUUUUGUUUGCCAAGGCUUGCGAGCUUUUCAUUUUGGAGCUCACUAUUCGCUCCUGGCUUCACGCUGAAGAAAACAAACGAAGGACUUUACAGAAAAACGACAUCGCUGCGGCCAUUACUAGGACUGAUAUUUUUGAUUUCUUGGUCGAUAUCGUGCCUAGAGAUGAGAUUAAGGAUGAGGCUGCCGGAUUGGGAGGGAUGGUGGGGACCACCGCCAGUGGAGUGCCAUAUUAUUAUCCGCCCAUGGGCCAGCCCACGGGUGCUGCUGGGCCUGGAGGGAUGAUGAUUGGUCGGCCCGCUGUUGAUCCUACUGGAGUUUAUGUUCAGCCGCCCAGUCAGGCUUGGCAGUCCGUGUGGCAGACAGCGGGUACUGGAGACGACGGCUCUUAUGGGAGUGGAGGGAGCGCUGGCCAAACUAAUCUUGAUGGCCAAAGCUAGGCUAAGCAACUGGUGUGCUGAUGAUACGGUACUCUCUGGUGUGGUAGAAGGCACUGAAGCUCAGCCAGUGCCUUAGGAAUUUUGCUUACGAAAUGAUUAUAUAUGCACUUGCCUGUAUUGUUUAUGGAGACUACUUUCACAUGUGAUGACUUCAUUAAAAACUUGUGAAAACUUUUAACUUGAUUUAGUGCAGUGAAACUAUUGCUGU